UAUGGAGACAUAGCGCUACAUUCGACGCGCAGCAACAAGGUUUUGUCUUCUGUUCCUGCUUAGUUGGAAACUAAUAUUGUAGUUGUUUCAGGAUUAUUUGUGUAAUUAUUCGUGUGGAGAGUGAUAGUAUGGACUCGGAGUACAUAAAGAAACACCUGGGGGAGUGCCUGGCCGAGGGGCUAGCUGAAGUAGCCGAGCUUAGACCCGUUCACCCCAUCCAGUAUCUUGCUCACUGGCUUUACAAAUACACGUCUAAUGUUCAAUUCGAGAAAGAGAAAAAAGAGCAAUUUGCUCUGUUGGAGGAAAAGAUUGCUGAAUAUAACAUACAGAAAGCGCUGAGAGAGGAGGAGGAGAGAGCUGCUAAGGCCCUGGAAGAACUUCUAAAAGCGGCUGAGAAACCCAUAGAGCCUGAAGUACCCAUUGAAAUCACUGCUGAAGUUGAGAAGCCUGCUGAAGAUCAGAAACUGGUGACUGGUCAAUCUGAGUCUGGCAAAAAUGAGAAACCAGAGCAGACUGACCAAAUACAAUCAACUCCCAGACAAGAUGGCAGUGAUUUAAAAUCCAACAUUACAGAGAAUCAGCACAACAAACCUGAAACCUUUGACUUUCCAAAUGCAGAGAAGGUGGAUGAAGAAGAGAAGGAUAAACCUGAAGACUCUGUCCAUGUGGAGACAACCUCCACUUUGCAGAAUGAGGAGUUCAAAAUAGAGAAAACAGUCUCAUUUGAAGAACAAGAAGAAGCCAUGACAGACACCAAACAGGAGACUGAAGAGCCCAGUUCUGUUCCUCUUCAAAACCAGGUGAUCGAUCAGUCUGAGUCUGGCGGACAUGAAGAACCAGAACAAACUGACCAACAGCAAUCGACUCCCAGGCCAGAUGACACUGAUUUAAUAUCCAACAUUACAGAGAACCUUCGCAGCAAACAAAAUCCUGCUACCUUUGACUCUCAAAAUGCAGAGAAGGUUGAUGGAGAGAAUGAUAAACUUGAAGACUCUCUCCAAGUGGAGGCGACAUCCACUCCUCUACAGAGUGAGGAGCUCAAAACAGAGAAAACAGAUCCAACUGAAGAAGAAGUCAUGACAGACACCAAAGAGGAGACUCAAGAGCCCAGUUCUCUUCCUCUUCAGAACCAGGACAAGGUUGAUGAAGCAGAGAAAAAACCCGAGGACUCUGUUGAAGGGGAUCUGCAGAGCAAGGAUCUCAGCUCUCUUCAAGACCAGGACAAGGGUGAAGAUGAUAAUAAAUCUGAAGAAUUCGCCCAACAAGAGGCAGAUUCACCUCUACGGAGUGAAGAACUUGAACAAGAGGAGACAUUUACUGAUCAAGAAAACAUUGCUGAUUCAUGUUCCCCCACUCUUGAAGACCAGUCUGAUUUACCUCAAAAUGGGACAGAGGGACCGCUCGGGAGUGAUGACUUGACUCCCGCUGAAAGUGAAUCCUCACCAGAAUGAUCACUGUGACUCAGCCAAGGCAGCCUGAUGAAUCUGUCAAAGACCGAAAACAGAGGUCAUAUUUCUAGAGGCUGGCUCUUAAAUGGUUUAAAUCGUUCCAAACUAGUGAUUUACACACACACACGCACGCACACACACACAAAAAAACAACAAAAAAACUGUUACCCAAUAAUAAACGUUACCUGGAGUAAUA